AUGUCACUAAGCCUCGUGAAGCUGGAGAGCCUCGAGGACACGUACAUCCUGGACGGUCACGACGACUCGCUGUCAGACAAACACGGCUGCCCGGCGUACGUCAGCCCCGAGAUCCUCAACGCCAACGGCAGCUAUUCGGGGAAGGCGGCCGACGUCUGGAGUCUGGGCGUCAUGCUUUACACCAUCCUCGUGGGGCGCUACCCCUUCCACGACGUCGAGCCCGGCUCUCUGUUCAGCAAAAUCCGCCGCGGCCACUUCAACAUCCCCGAGACGCUCACGCCCAAGGCCAAGUGCCUGAUCCGCUCCAUCCUCCGCCGGGAACCCGCCGAGCGCCUCACCUCUCGGGAGAUCCUGGAGCACCCCUGGUUCGCCUCCUCCGGAGCGCUCGGGGGCGCGGCGGCGCACGGCAGAGGCGAGAGGGAGCAGGAGCAGAUGGUGCCUGAGGUGAACAUGGAAGAGGAGCUGGAGCAGUUCUUCAGCUGAGCAAAAAAAUAAAUAAAAAAAUCACCAAGCACAAACGGACGCCACGGUUCGGCUCGCCACGCUCACAGCAGAGCCAAAAACAGUAGAUUAGAGAUUAAUAGGUGAACAUUUGUCACUCAUAAUAAAGGUGUUUCCAUCCUGUUUCCUUUUCCACCAUUUCAUGGAAAACCUUGAGCCUGGCAUGACAAAUGGCAUCUAUAACGUCACCUGGCGAGGCGCGUCCCGGGACGCCGCCGCCGCCAGACAUGCAAGUCGCAAACAAUGUAGCAAAUUGUUCUUUUUUGGAUCGGUUUGGGUUAAUGUGGUGCUCAUAAAAGUAGACACAUUCACCUUUUUUUGACACUAUGGAAAGCAUGAAGGGACAUCAGAGACCAAGGAGAACAAGUCGAAAUGAACUGACGUCACCGCUUUUCUCACAUUUUUUUUUUUGUCGUAGCUUUAGGUGGUACCAGUUUAAACCGCAGACCCAGAGUCAGAAUUCACAACAAAAACCAGGUGAUUAUCCCUGACCUGGCACCACUGGUUAACCCUUUCAAACCUGGAGCGACUUUCACUUUUCUAGUGCUGCUUUCUGACGCUUUUCACAAGUAUUUAAACCUUUGAAUCUGAGCAAAUUGGUGCUUU